AUGUCGAUUAAGGGCGACGGAAAAAUCGAGGUCGCUGUUGCUUCCAUUUGUCUGGUAGCAAGCUGCUCUCUGUUGCAACAAGUGCAACAAAAGUAUACAGCAAUCAUGUUUGGUGCCAGCAAAACGACCGAGCAGCGUUUGAAAGCACCUGCUGCUGCCCAAGUAGGUCCCGUAGGCAAAACUCAGUCUACAUCCAGUUCGGCAGGUGGAGCAGCAGCGCACCAUCAACAUACUACAGCAGCGCAUCACCUCCAUCAGGCAAAGCAAGUGGGAACCCUGGACAAACUUGCGUCGCGACUUGGCCAAGCGAGCUAUUUCAACGACAAAGCGGCACAGCAGCAAGAGUAAGUACUUUUUUCAUGCAAUUUUUUUGUCAAAGUGUGCUGACGCUGAGUAAUUUCUUUCGGCGAUCAUUGCAGAUGUACAUGUAGUGAUGUAGAUGCAAAACGAGCAAAAAUAUUGCCAGGUUUACCCAGCGCCAGGGCCGUAAAUCACAGAAGAAACUCGUGGAAGAAGUCGGGGACGACGAAAGUGACUUUGGUGACCAUCAAGACGCCGACGACGUGGAUGCAAGUAGAAUAAAGACUCUCUUGCAAGAGGACUCGGACGGCGAUCGCCAUAAUUUUUCGGUCGGGUGGUCGACUACAAGAAAGAAAGCUGUCAUAGAUGAUCGAGCAACUACUUCGACAGGAAAGAACACGAAAAAUGCCAAUGCGGGGGAACGGAAAGGUAGCAAAGAGCAGGGAGGUGCAGCUGGGGCAGCUGCAACUACGUCAAUGUCCUCGUCAUCUUCCAAAGGCGGAGCGCGGUACG